GACCGCCAUUUUGCAUCUUUCUGUGCGAUAACGCGGCGCCGGGCUUGAGCCGGGGAGUUGCACACCAUUUUUAAUUUUUGGGGAAAACACAUUUCCUUAAAAAAACAAACAAAAAAGAAAUAAUAAACUUAAAAAAUACACCACUUGAUUUAGUCACCAUUCGGCAGAUUUCUGGAAAAAUGGCCACUGAACACAUUAAUAGGAAUGGUACAGAAGAACCUAUGGACACGUCUGCUGCAGUUACCCAUUCUGAGCACUUCCAGGCUUUGUUAGAAGCUGGUUUACCACAGAAAGUUGCUGAAAAACUAGACGAAAUUUACCUAGCAGGUUUGGUAGUACACAGUGACUUAGACGAACGGGCACUUGAAGCUUUGAAAGAGUUUAAUGAAGACGGUGCUCUGCAAGUACUCCUAGAGUUUAAGGACAGUGACCUUUCACAUGUACAAAACAAAAGUGCCUUUCUGUGUGGAGUAAUGAAGACCUACCGGCAGCGGGAAAAACAAGGGACAAAAGUAUUGGAAAGUAACAAAGGACCUGAUGAAGCCAAAAUCAAAGCCCUGUUGGAGAGAACUGGCUACACACUAGACGUGACCACAGGUCAGAGAAAAUAUGGAGGUCCCCCUCCAGAGUCUGUGUACCCAGGAACACAGUCCCCAGUGGGCACAGAGAUAUUUGUAGGCAAAAUCCCGAGAGACUUAUUUGAGGAUGAGCUUGUUCCACAGUUUGAGAAGGCCGGGCCCAUAUGGGACCUGAGGCUAAUGAUGGACCCCUUCAGCGGGCUGAACCGCGGAUAUGCCUUCAUCACUUUCUGCACUAAAGAAGCUGCUGAGGAGGCUGUGAAGCUGUGUAACAACAGUGAAAUACGGCCUGGCAAACACAUAGGAGUCUGCAUAUCUGUUGCUAAUAACAGGCUCUUUGUUGGCUCGAUACCCAAGAACAAAACGAAAGAGCAGAUCUUGGAGGAGUUUGCUAAAGUCACAGAGGGUCUCAGUGAUGUAAUAUUGUACCAUCAGCCGGAUAACAAGAAGAAGAACAGAGGCUUCUGCUUCUUGGAGUACGAGGAUCACAAAACUGCUGCCCAAGCACGGCGUAGACUAAUGAGCGGGAAGGUGAAGGUGUGGGGCAAUGUGGUGACGGUGGAGUGGGCCGAUCCCAUUGAGGACCCAGACCCGGAGGUCAUGGCCAAGGUGAAAGUUCUGUUUGUCCGAAACCUUGCCUGCACAGUAACUGAGGAGAUCCUUGAGAAAACAUUCAGCCAGUUUGGUAAACUGGAGCGGGUAAAGAAACUGAAAGAUUACGCCUUCAUCCACUUUGAUGAGAGAGAUGGCGCCGUGAAGGCGCUAGCUGAGAUGAACGGCAAAGAUGUGGAAGGAGAAAGCAUUGAAAUAGUUUUUGCGAAGCCCCCCGACCAGAAGAGGAGGGAACGCAAAGUGCAAAGGCAGUAUGCUAAAACAACAAUGUAUGACGAUUACUAUUACUACGGCCCAUCAUAUGUGCCACCUCCUAUGAGAGGCAGGGGCAGAGGAGGAAGGGGGGGUUACUCCUACCCUCCCGAUUACUACGGUUACGAAGACUAUUACUACGACUAUGGCUACGAUUACCACAACUACCGCGGCGGCUACGAGGACCCCUACUAUGCCUACGAUGACUAUCAGGUCCCCAGCCAAGGGAGGGGUUCCCGGGGUGUCGCCCCGCCCCGAGGCCGCGGGGGGGCUGCCGCAGCUCCGCCGAGGGGAAGGGCCGGCUUCUCACUGCGGGGCGGCCUGGGUCCGAGCAGAGGCAUGCGAGGCGCCAGAGGGAGCGUCCACCCGAGAGGCCGCGGGCAGGAUAAAAGGGUCGAGGCCGGUCCUGACCUGUAACUAUGAAGACUGACUUGUUACACCGGAGGCUGCCAUUGGAUGAGAUGGUAAGGUCGACGCGAUGGCCUUACAGAGCAGUCUGUCCAGAGCCAUCAUAGUACAAUGCUCAAGAUGCUACUUCCUUGGACUUUUUUUUAGCUGCCACUUGUAUCUCCCUUUGACCUUUUAAAAAUACACCUUUUAAUCAGUUAAAUCUGUUAAUGGGGAAUUCCACUGAGAUUUAGUCCGUUCAUAAGCUUGAACUUCUCACUGCGAUGAGUGAUCGAUGUCUGGACAUUUUCCCUCGGCCUUGCUGUGGCUUACAUUCAAGUGCUUCAAGGUAUCAUGGGAAAGUUUUUAAAAGGAUGCAGUUCCUGUCUUGUUGAUAUUACAAUAUAGGAAAAGUGGGACUACAUACAACAGGCGUUGACUUCCGAGAUCAGGGGAAGCAACGCACCAGUUCUCAGUUCCAGUCAUGUAUGAGUACGUAAACAGAUGCGUGCGCACACACACACACACACACACACACACAAAAUAUAUAUAUGUACACAAUGCACACACACGUUCUUUCUUUGUUUUGAGUGGAAUUUCCCCUUGUAUGAUGCCUGAAAGGAACCUGAGUUUGAAAAUGUAAGAUGCAUUUUGCACUUAAGUUUGAAUUUAUUGUGGCCUGGAGGAGCUUGACGGUAUUUUUGCUGGAAUAUCCACUUAAUUGUUUAGUUUUGGGCACCUUUGGGGCAAAGAUUGGUAGAUCUGGGUAUAACCAAAAGGCAGGAAUAGUCGGGCAUUCCAGGAAAGUGGUUCUUUUCAGAACUUUAAGGGUCUGUUUAACUACCUCAGUAUGGAGGAUUUAAACUGCCUGGGGUUUGCUGUAAAUAGGUGACUUUACUGAUGAAAGCAGGGCUUGUUCAUCCAUAUUAAAUAUGCACAAGGGUGACAACAGAUACACUGUUGGCCCAACGCUACAAACAGUCAAACUGGGCGUGUGAAAUGGUCUCAUGUGAUGAGGCGGAACAAGCCUUGCUUCCAUCAUUUUAACUGAAUUGGCUGCCUUGCUUCUUCAGGUGAAAUAAUUAUGGUCAUAUGACAGUUGGGGAGGGGGGGGGCAACACUUUUGUAACAUCCUAAUGACAUUGACUGCUUUUAAGUCUUGCAAUGUCCCAGUUUUUUCCAAUGGAAGAGUGGUUUCUUUUUAAUAAACCUUUUUGUAGUAUUAACGUGUUUUCCUUAAAGGUUGCAUACACAGUUGUAAGAACCAUUGUUUGUUCAUAGACUUGUCCUAAUUCAACAUGACUCUGUUGGCUAACAUUCUGAUAUCCAAACGACAACAUUUUUCAUUUUUUUUUGUCUGUUAAGUACCCCUGAAUGUUGUGUUAAUGCAUAUCGAGCAGGCAUUACACUGUAGCAGUAGACUGGACAAGGCUGUUUGGUCAUCCAGUGCACUCCAGCUUCUGUUUACACUUAAAAUAUUGUAUUCAAACUUCAUACAUCAGAGACAUCCUCCCUAUAAGUGUCAUUACAACAAGCAUUUGCUUAGGGCAAUAUUACCAGUUGUGAAUAUUUGGUGGCCAACAACUUUUGCAUUCCUGCAGACUGUUUUGUACUGUUAGAUGAAGUGAGUGUAACUUAUUUUUGUAAUAAAAUUUUUGAUUUUU